ACUAUCAUCUAAACAUACCUUGAUCUUAACAUAUGAUGUUAAAUAUUAUGGCUUGAGCUACACCUAGGCUUAUAUUUCCGUUCAUAACUAUUUAGGGUAAUUAAAGCGGAUCGUCAGCAUUAUUUAGUUUUAACUACGGUAUUGGCGUAUUUAAACUUGAUUAAUCAUUUGAUUUAGAAUUCCGAGUCUUUGGUACACGACGGCAUUCAAAAUAAAAUAUGUAUAAACCAGCAGGUGGCAGUAGUAGCGCAAGGUUUUGUUGACAGUAGCUGCUGUCAAGAGAAGAAGAAGAAGCGCGACCAUGGUGAGGCUGAAGUCGAGGUAUUUGCUGUGUGAAGUAAACGUGACCGACCCGACCAGCUUGCUGCAAAUUGAUGACCGUGCAGUGUCAGCAGCCGUGAAAGAUGCCGUGGCCCGCAUACACGGGGACUAUGGAGCGGCGCUGUGCAGCAUCAGAUUCCAAGUAAUAUAUUUGAACACCCACACUGGAAUCGUCUUCCUGCGUUUUCCAAAAAGUCACUACAAACUCCUGUGGUCUGCAUUACCUUUUAUAACAAGUAUUGAAACCCGCUGGCAGAAGAUCCCUUGUUUCCUCAACUGUCUGCAUGUAGGAGGGACCAUCAGAACAUGCCAGAAGUUUUUGAUCCGUUACAACACUCAUCAGCUUCAUCGAAUGUUACCAAAAUGUAAAACGGAAGAAGAAAAACAACAGGUUCGCAAGGCGAUUCUAAACUGCACGUUGACCAAAGAAAAAGGCUCACUUGAAGAUAUAUCACAAAGUGAAGAGGAAGAUGAGUGAGAUGACAACUUGAUGGAAAGUUAAUUUUCCAGUUUUCCAGAGUAAGUAAUUCCAGGAUGCCAGUUGUGUGUGUUCAUGCUUUUUUUAUGGAAAGUAUCCUGAAAAAAUGUGUUAAAAACUACAAUAUUUUAUUAUAUGUGUACCAUACUUGUUCAUUUUUUUCUGGAACAUGUAAAUAAACUUUAGUUUAAUUAUUCAAUCACGCUUUCAUUGUUGAUUUUAAAGGUAAAUAAUUUGUGCUGUCUGCAAGAACAAAACUUGUCCUUGUUAUAGAGAUCACAUCACCUUUUGAAAAAAAGCCUGCAGCCAAAACUUGGCCAGCUCUCCUUGUGACAUCCUGUCUGAGAGGCAUACGCUUAGUUUUGUUCAUAUGGUUUAUUUUACCUAUUUUGAAAAGAAAAGAAUCCCCCCACCACAAAACUCAAUCAUCGUUUCAUACUUGACUACAUUUUCAAGCAGCUUUUUCUUCCAGUCUUCUUAGUUCAGUUGUCACUAACAAAAAAAAUAAAUAAAUAAAAUAAUGGGAAAUCUAGAGGGCAACUUAUUAAUGCCUAAUGCAUGCAACACUAUUUAAUAGUCGUCUGUGGUGCUUUAUAAAGAUGUCUCUUAUCGUUUUUAAAUGGAAGGAUUAUGACGCGAAAUCGAGGCGGCUGAGUUUUGGAAAGACACUACAUCUCCCAUGAUUCCACCUGAUCGGUGCCAAAACAAACCUGCGGGCCAUACAAGAAACAUCCGGGUCCCUCAGAUCUGUGUCUGGCGACCCGUCGCCAUUACUGCAAGCUCGUACUUAGUAGGUCUCUGUUUUGCUCAAAAUCGCAACUGUGUCCGAUUUUUGUGUCGUCGGAAACAUUUGACUCCGACUCGGAGUGAACCGUUUUCCUUAAUCGAGAAAAGGACUUCAGUUUUGGGGUCUUGGCCCCGCGUGGCGAGCCGUCGUCCUCUCCUCUGCCAGGCUUCAUAACUUGAGACGCAGAAACGGUGUCUCUUCUUUUUUCUUGGGUUUGUUUUGUUGUCAAGAUGUCGCCGUGAUGGGGUCUCCGCGUUUGAUAGAAAUGAAUCAGGGCCUUGGCCGCCUGACCCGCACCUAUAGCAGCUCGCUUUUCUCGGUUGUUCUCGUUGACGCCGGAGAACUCGGCGUCUCUCCGCCUGGAUCCCGGCCUCAGUCCCGCUCACUGCUCGGAGAUAGACAUGGAGAAGAACCCCAGCAGCAGUACCAACUCCAAGGUUCCGCCCCGUUCCAGCUCUACAGGCCCAGCACCAGGAGAAUCUAAACCCAAAACAG